UCAUUUAAAUUCUAUUGAACGGAAUAUUGGUAGGAAAAUUUAGUAAAGGGGACAAUACCAUUCAAAGGACUAUUUUUAAAAGUGCGAAAAUAUGGAAUGUAUACUGCGUUAUACAUUAGCAUUCAUUCGUAGUUGAAAACUGCAACAGGACAUAAUAAUUGUGAGAACAUUCUAAUAGUUCUUCCUGGUGGAAACAAAUAUUUUUUCUACUAUGCAACACUUAAGAAGAGUCCACUUAUAAUAUAGGAUAGAACUUAUUCUUUUAGGAAACAUCUUAACAUAUUAAGUUACGUUAGGCACUUUUCUUGCUUAAGAACAUAUGUAUAGAUUAAAUAUGGAUAAAAGUACCUACGUCGGACAGUAUGCUUCAAGGAAAAGGCUACUCAAGAAAAUGGACAACAGCAACAAGCAUAAGCUACGGACUCUACACGUUCAGUUAGGGACGCUACUCAAUUCAAGGAAAGCGCUCAAUUCUAAGGUCACAACGAGACAUUUUGAUCAGCUGCGAGAGGCUGUUGAUGCAGAAUCUGAUCCGUAUGAAAUCAAACUUCGUCUGAGUCGCCUCGAACAGUCCCUUAAACAUGAAGGACUAUACAAAAAUGUGAAAUCCGAUUUCGUGCAUUUAAGAAAAGACAUACUGGGGUUAUUACAUGGUUCUGAAAACACACAGUUACAACGGCACACCUUGCCUGGUAUAAGCCACCCGGCCAAGGACCGCACCUUCUAUAUUGCCCCUAAGAACGACAAUGACCAGUCCGCUGCUUCAGGGGCGUCAAGUUCACACAAACACGCUCAAGGACCCUCCACAGACGAUAUGAGAAUGCUAAAUACAGCUAUAGGAAAACUAUACAGACAUUUACAGCUCAGUGCGAAAGAGCAAGAAACCACUAUGGUGGCUGACAUUACGCACAAAGAAGGAACUAUACAAAAGGAAAAUGUGAAUAUUUUGACUUUGUCACAAAUGCAGCCGGACGAAACGUUUCAUGAUAUUGUAUUAAAACUUAGAAACUUUGAAAAAGAAUUCCAAAGACAGAAGGUUCAACAACAGAGGGAGCAGAUGAGAUUACUGGAAGAGAUAAAGAGGCUGAACAAAAAUUCUUCAGAACUUCGUCGGGAAAAUGAAAGAAUUAAAGGUGUUCAACCGAUCCUUACUAAGGCCAAAGGUAAACAAGUCGAACGUAUUGAAGAAAGAUAUAGAACAGAAAAGAAAGAUAUGGAAGAGAAGAUAAUUGAAUUAGAAAGUGGAAUGAAGAAAAAUCUUGCAAUAUUACUGCGCGAUAAAGAAGAGGUCCGAUCACACAUCCGAUCUGACGUGGAAAGUCUUAUGUCGUCAAUUAACAACUUACAUUAUAUGGUUCUCGGACAUUACCACGAUACCCCUGCUACACACAGGAAUUCCGACGAUGCUGAAAUUUUGCCGACGAAAGAUCUGUUGAACAUGCUAACUAGCGUGGCUGGCGGUGUGCAAAUUUUAAAAACAAAGUCUCAAGAUUAUUCAAGGCAAGCUGACGACAUGUCUAGUUGGAGAAGAAGUUUUAAAGAACUUGAACGUGAAAUUUUCAAGUUCUGUCGGGGAUUUGCCGACGACGACGAUAACCAUGAAUUUACGACGAUGGCACACGAGACAGACACACAGAUGAUCGUUCAUAGCUGUAAAACAAAAUUGCAGAAAACGAAAGAAAAUAUUAAUACAAAAUUGAAAAAUUACGCAGACACUUCUAGUUCAGUCAAAAGGAAAGACCGGGAAGUGAAUAAUUAUAGACAAUGUUUGGAAGAACUUCAAAGUGAGAUUGCAAAACUCCACGACCAAGUCAUCUCCGUUCAGAUACAAGACAUUUCAAUCUCCAUGCCGGAGUUCGAGCGACGACAAGACGCCGGGGACAAGUCGGACGGAUCCGCCGACGAGCUGCCGGAGGCCGACAGACAAGAACAAAUGGAUUUUCUUGAUAAAUUGAAACAAAUAGGAACCAUGGUGACCCACUUCCAACAACUGAUUAUCGACCGAACCAGCAUAUUAAACAAAAUGGAAAAUGACAUGCUCCCGCUCAAAAUCCGCGUGAACCGUCUGCACGAGGAGAUAACUAAGGCAAUGAACGCUGGUGGGUCACCUGAUCACGAUGCUGCAGACGACACAUUUCAACCAAAACGUUCGUUCUCACCAGAUGGUCCACAUAACGUGUUCUCUAGAGAAAUAGGCAAUAUGCUCAAGAAAUUGUCGAAAAUGGAACUGGCCAUAAGACAUUUGUUAGAGUCGUACGCUACGACUCACGGCAGAGCAUCUAUAUAACGUAGAUUUAGGAAUAUGUUUCUUUUUACCUUAAAACUGUGAUACUGGUCUGUGCACAUGUGAUAGAUAUAAUCAACUGUUAUUGUGUGACAAGUUUACGAGGAUGUCGGUGACACUGCAGAGAGAGAGAGAGAGAGAGAGAGAGAGAGAGGAAUAACCCUUUUUGCUAUGUGUGUAGUUAUAUUACUUUUUUGUCAACAUCUGGUACCCUUCAGCAGAAUCACGCCCAUCUUUAAAAGUUUUUGGACCAUCGAUCAAGAUACAGAUGAUGUUCAAAUCCCAGGAACACCCCCUCGUUUAUUUUAAGUCUCAUCUAAAUAACUGACACCGGUUUCUAGACCGGUGUCAUACCACUGGAACACUGGGCCGCUGUCAGCUUCGAUUGCUAAUAUUUUCGAUCAAACGAAAUGAUACCCUCGCAGCAAGCACUGGUAUAUUGGACCAAUGUCGGCAAGUUUAUGAUACUUGUCCGACAUUCAUCCAAUAUCAAACAUCAAUGGCGAAACGAUAUCAAUCAGAAAUGAUAUAGGACGGAUUUAUCGUCAAAAAGUGAUGUCGGGCCGAUAUUAAAGGUGGUCAAUCACAUUUAAACAACAUUUAAUGACAUUUUUUACUUUUUGUAUAUUCUGGCAGAGAAUUAUUUAAGGAACAAAAAGACCGAUUACAUAGAGUUAGAUUCCUAUUUGAAAUGUAUAUUUUAUUAUUUUUAUAAAAUUUUGUAAUUACUCCCCUUUAAUAUGAAAGUAUUUAAAAAGCUGGGUAUUUCUUUUUAUUUCGAUACUAUGUCUAGUUUUACAUUUGCAUUUGAUAGACAUAUCAACUAUUGAACAAUCUGAACCAAAAUGCAAGUUUUAAAGCUGUUUGUAGCUUCUGAAUUCAUUUAUUUCCAAUCUAUCUUGGUUGCGCAACCAAGAUAGGCAAAGGGAGGUAAUAAUAAUUUUUCAAACUUGCGUUUCUAAUGAAUUCCAUCUAAAUACAUAACUUUUAAUGCAAAUAUUUUACAAAUAUAUUACAAUAUGUCUAAUAUUUAUACAUUUCCUUAGGCAAAGUAUGUUUAUCAAAUUUAUACUUAUGAUAAAAUAACUCUAUCUUGGUUGGGCAACCAGGAUAGGAAAAUGAAAUUUUAAAAAUACCUCCAGUGAAAAUCUAAUUUGUAUUAAGUGUUAAGUGAACAUAAAUGAGUGUAAAUGAUCAGAUGCUAAAGUUUCGAACAAAUCCGUUACAUGGCCAAAAUCUGAUUAACCACCUUUAAAAAGCAUAUUGGUUCAAUAUCGGCUUAGUAUGUAAUGUUUGUUGGCCUUGUUCGAAAAGUGUUUUUUUUUUGUUUUUUUUUUUUGUCGUUGCUUUGCAAAGCUGUCAUGUCCAGCAGCUUGACCAUGUGUUAUUGUAUUGGUGUCUCCGGCUACCAAGACAGUAAUGCCUUUUGUAAAUUGUUCGUAAGUACAUGUAUUUGUGUUAUUCUUAUGACAAGAAACUCGUGCAUAACAGAAGUUUCGAGCUGCACUGAAUGCACUUGCACCAGACGGAGAAAUUCCUAAUUUCUUUCAUAACGCACACGUAUAUGUUUGUAUUGUUUAUGCUUGCUUGUUGAUUCAUGAUUUAACAAAAGCUUACAUCAGUAUAUAUAAUACAAAAAACUAUAACAUUUCGCUUAUCAUCUGUCUGUGCGUGCUUAAAGUUCAAUAAUACAUCUACUGUUGAAAAAACAAAACAGACUAAGCAGGCGUUCAAAUAGAGAAUUUGCACAAUUACUUGGUUAAAGCACCUAUAAACUUAUAAUUUGGUGUAAACUUGAAUCAGCAUCUUGCAAUUCAAAGAUACCUGUUAUUUACAUGUUUGAUCUUUAUUAUGCAAAUUAACAGAACAAUAGUUCAUAUGAGCAUACGUAAUUGCUUUUUUGCUGUUUCGGAGAAAUGUCGCUAUAUUAUUUUUUCAUUUGUUGAAUAGAUAUCAAAUAAAAUAAUGUUCAAGUGA